AACACAACAAGAAGUUCUUAUGAUUAAGUUCUGAUAUCAUGUGGUCGUCAGUAAUAAUAUACAAUCUGCAAUCUAUGAAUUCUCGUGUAUUAAAAAUGACUAAGACAUUAUGCCAGUGGUUGCUGACCAAAGUGACUAUGAAUCUGAUAAAGUUGAAUCUAAUCGAAUGUAGUUUGGAAUCAAACAAGCAGUGACACUGAACAGAGUUUGCAGAGGCCCGUCUGUUGAGGAUCACUAGUCCAGGUCAAGGGCUCCUGAAAUGGUUCAGUCCAAGAACCUGUAUAUAUAUCAGAAAGUCCACAACGCACGACAGACUUCAGAACCUGCAACGGACACACAGAGUUGAAAUGGCCGAUCAGAGGAGACGCCCGACACCGUCGCUCACUGUCGUCCUCUGCUUCUCACUGUGGUUCACCUCUGGACAAACAGUUGACUUUAGGUCCUACUUUAACUCCUUUGAGCCAGAAUGCAUUGAACAGUGUCCAGCAAAGUAUUCCACCUCCACGUAUGGCGUGCUGUGUUAUGAUGGCUGUGAAAAGCGAGGUUAUUCCUACUACUGGUGCAAUUCGCGAAUGGGUUGGGAUUACUGCUCACCAAGCAACAAUGUCGAUUACAAAGGCAACGACUGUCGCAAUGAUCAUCCCUGUGGCGAUUAUGGAGGUGGUUACACCAGCUGUUACUUGGAGAAAGGAGGCUGGAGCAAAUGUGCACGAGUGGAGCCAAGAGCAAUGAUUCAUCAAACUAUAUACCAGAAAGAAUGCACUGGAGAAUGCCAGUAUCACGAGUCCGGGGAUUACUUCUGGUGCUAUACUGCAAUCAACUGGGACUACUGCUCUCCUCUACAAGACCACACCUACAGAGAUGAGCCUUGUCACCAAGGCUCAACGUGUGGAACUAAUGGCCAAAGUUACAGCUGGUGCUACACAUCAUACUUUAACUGGGAUUACUGUGGAGUCAUCAGUCCUGGAGAGUGCAUGUAUUCCCAGUCAAACCGCCGCAAACGACAAGCUGAUAAUCCAAAUAUAAUCUGUUACAGGCAGGACGAUGACGGCAACAACAACAACAACAACAACAACAACGACAACAACAACAGGAAAGAGCCCCAUUUCAUAAACAGAGGUGCGGAAGAGAAGAUAAAAAAACCCAACAAAAAAACGCGCAAUGCAGCCUUAGACUUAAUCAACCGAUGGGAGAACCAGCACUUGACUGGAAACAGCAAGUCCAAAUUGAUUAGAUCAGAUGAUCUUCGCAUUGACAACCAGGGACUGGCGAAUGAUGGGCAAUGUUACAACCUGCAAAUCCAGCUUAACGAGCCACGCGCUCCAAGAGAAAGUACCACUAUUGCACAGAUCAUAGUUCCGCUUGAUACUUCAGCUGAGUACAUGCGUUUGGCCUUCAGGGAGAGUUUACGGCUCGGGGCAAAAAUUGAACUGAUAGAUGACAACACACCAAGCACCUCAUCAAACAACAACAACGACGGCGACAACAACAACAACAAAAAAAACAAAAAAAACAAAAAGUGUUGUCAACGACGUAGAAGGUAAUAUAACUCAAAUGUAUUUUGCUAGUGAUAUUCAGUCAAUACCAGAUGUUUUAUCAGAUCACAAGGUUUUUUCCUUUGCUAAAUUGUGACAAAGUGUUUUGUUCAGUUACAUUAAUUAAGAUGACUGUACUCUUUAUAAUAGUAAUCUAAUAGCAUCAACUCAUUGUGUAUUAGAAUGUUCCUUCUGAACAGAUUCAGAUAUAAAUGGAAUUUCAUAGUGAUUUUAUUUUAGCAUAUAAUGAGCAACUGUUUAGUGAAACAGUUCUUAAUACACAAAGCAGAGUAUAUACAAUUCUGUUGAACAGAUUCAAAUUGUGUGAUUGUACUUUGACUCAAUGUAAUCGUAACUUGACUCAGUGUUACUGUAAUUUACUCAAUAUAAUCAUAGUUUGACACAAUGUAAUUGUAUUUUGACUCAGUGGCGGACUCAUGCUGUUGGAGGGGCAGGGGUGGGUAAAAAAGGGCACCUACUGCAUGACAUGGGGCCCCACGACGCAUCAAAAGCAAUAAAUGCAUCAAGUUUGAUGUAAUAGUCUUUAAUGUAAAAGUGUGCUGCUGGGUGACAGACAGAGAGCUGCCCGCUGAAGUUAUGCUUCAAAAACACAAAUAGGCUAUGUGUCCAGUCUUUGCAUUGGCUUUGUAUCAAUAUCCGCAUGAAUAAUUUGCGUCGGGUUCGGUGUGAACGCACGUUUAGAGAUCUUUUAUUUUGCUAUGAGAAGUGUAAAAAUAUUGUUCGGUUUGUUAUGAGUCUAUGGCGCGACAUAUUUGACUAAGGCGGGCCGCCACUGUCUGGUCAUGGAUGGGAAACCCUGACCUAUAUGUCACCACAUCACAUUUUCUCCACUGGAGGGGCACUUCAUCAUGUUGUCGCACCUGUAGGAGGACCUUGUACAGCACUGGAGAGGGCACCCUUUGGGGCACUGUCAUGUAGGGGCGGCAUAGAGUGCAUUUCAUAACGGCACCCUUUUCCAUUGGAAGGGCACCCAUACAGGGAACAUUAGGCCAUUGUAAGGGCACCUUACAGGGCACUGCAUCACGUUUUCUCCACUAGAAGGGCACUCAUUAAGACACGUUAUGAAAUUUUCUUGCGGUUUAACUCAAUGUAAUUGUACUUUGGCUCCAUGUAUGUCCAAUGUCAAUAUGCAAAAAUGAAAAAAAAAAUAAUGCUGAACCAAUUUCAUUACUCUUUUAAUUUUUACAAAAACAAUGUGAUCAAUUAAAGGAGCAUUGGCAAACCCAAAUCCAAUUUGUCCGAAAAUUUAAUAGUUGGCAAACUUUUUGUAUGACUGUGAGUUGGCGCAGUAUUCCACGGCCGAAUUACGCUUAAAAAAAAUGUGCAAACUUAUAUGAAUGUCUUGCAGAAAACUGAAGCAGUGAAAAAAUACGUCCUUCAGCGUACAAUUGAACGGAUAUUUUUUUUUAGGUAACGUUUAAAAAAUGUGGCGAAAAAUACUUUUUUGGGUGAUCCCCUCUGCAACAUUGUGACUCAAACUUACUAUACUUCCAUUUCUCCUCAAAACUCUGUUAAAUGACAUUGGUGAUCACCAUCUCCAUAAGGUCACAUUAACUAUUCAUAAGUAACUCAUACAACCCCACUUCAAAGUCACUGAACUGUCCCCUUAAUCAGUAGACUCUUAAAAUAAUUAUGUACACAGUCUUGUACCUUUGCCUUUUUUUUUCUUGUUUUCCAGUUUUUGUGCUGAAUAAAAUGUUUCAUGGUAACAAUUCA